AUGACUUGCCGAUCAUCUUGCCUGAGCUCCCGCAGUGGAUCCCACAUGUCCCGCUGUUGUGUGUCCGGCCAGGGACGCAGCAUGGGUCGCACCUUCAGCUGCGCCUCGGCCUGCGGACCCCGGCCCGGUCGCUGCUGCAUCACCGCCGCCCCCUACCGCGGCAUCUCCUGCUACCGCGGCCUCACCGGGGGCUUCGGCAGCCGCAGCGUGUGCGGGGGCUUCCGCGCCGGCUCCUGUGGACGCAGCUUCGGCUACCGCUCGGGCGGCGUGUGCGGGCCCAGCGCCCCCUGCAUCACCACAGUGUCUGUCAAUGAGAGCCUGCUGACGCCCCUCAACCUGGAGAUCGACCCCAACGCGCAGGGCGUCAAGCAGAAGGAGAAGGAGCAGAUCAAGGGUCUCAACAGCAAGUUCGCAGCCUUCAUCGACAAGGUGCGCUUCCUGGAGCAGCAGAACAAGCUCCUGGAGACGAGGUGGCAGUUCUACCAGAACCGCAAAUGCUGCGAGAGCAACCUGGAGCCUCUGUUCAGCGGUUACAUCCAGUCCCUGCGGCGGGAGGCUGAGCAGGUGGAGGCCGACAGUGGGCGUCUGUCCUCGGAGCUCAACCAUGUGCAGGAGGCACUGGAGGGCUACAAGAAGAGCUAUGAGGAAGAGGUCGCCCUGAGAGCCACAGCAGAGAACGAGCUGGUCAGAGUCAAGCAGGAAGUCGACAGGGCCUACGUGUGCAAGGGAGACCUGGAGGCCAAUGCUCACAGCCUGGUGGAGGAGCUGGGUUUCCUGAGGACUUUGUAUGAGGAGGAGAUGAAAAUCCUCCACGCCCACAUCUCGGACACCUCAAUCAUUGUCAAGAUGAACAACAGUCGGGAACUGAACAUGGACUCGCUUGUGGCUGAGAUCAAGGCUCAGUACGACGACAUCGCCACCCGCAGCCGGGCUGAGGCUGAGUCGUGGUACCGCAGCAAGUGCGAGGAGAUGAAGGCCACAGUGAUCCAGCAAGGAGAGACCCUGCGCCGUACCAAGGAGAAGAUCAAUGAGCUGAACCGCAUGAUCCAGAGGCUGACGGCCGAGGUGCAGAAUGCCAAGAGCCAGAACACCAAGCUGGAGGCAGCUGUGUCCCAGUCUGAGCAGCAGGGUGAGGCGGCCCUGCGGAAUGCCAAGAGCAAGCUGGCAGGGCUGGAGGAGGCCCUGCAGAAGGCCAAGCAGGACAUGGCCUGCCUGCUCAAGGAGUACCAGGAGGUGAUGAACUCCAAGCUGGGCCUGGACAUUGAGAUCGCCACCUACCGCCGCCUGCUGGAGGGCGAGGAGCACAGGCUGUGUGAAGGCGUACGUGCUGUGAAUGUCUGUGUGAGCAGCUCCCAGGGUGGAACCAUGUGUGGGAACCUCUCUUCCACCCGCACCUGUGGCUACGACUCCCGUGGGAUGGGCCGGAGCGGCAGCACUUGCAAGAAGUGUUAAGCUGGAAGAACUCAAGGCUGCACUUGAGCCCUCAGCCCCGUUAUCUUGCCCGUGGGUGGCA